AAACCAGCGUCUUUGCUUUUAGUCACCUGAGUUCAAUCAACGAGUCAAUUGCGACAUUUGGGAAUGUAAAAUUAAGUUAUUUGCUUGUCUUGAAGGCAUAAACAUUAACAUUGUAACAAUGAGUAAAGGAGGCAAGAGAUACUUCAACAAGAACAAGAGUGUAAACUGGGUUAUGCAUAUGCAGACACCCAAAACAGAACAAACCAGAGAAAUGUGUACCAGCACAGGUUUAAUGCUGGCACAUGGGGUCACUCAACCCCUGACACAAGGAGAAAAGAGAUAUCCCAAAAUAUUCAUUAAUCUCGAAAAGAAAACAGUGGGCAGAGACUAUACAUUAUCAAUGCAUGAUAAUCGUCCAACUCUGCAGGACACUAUUGAGGGGUAUGAUCAGGGCUUGGGGCGUAAGAAAUGUCUUGAUGAGAGACGACAGCAUAAUUCUCAUUUCCGUCUAUGCCAACAACACAACACUCUGCUUGGCUCAGAAAAGCAGGACCACUCUACGUAUCAGACCGACUUCCUGCCCAAACAGGAAACAGAGGCCACAGGAGCCACAAUUGCACGCCGCUUUCCUAAAAACCACUUAGCCCGGUCUCAAAUGAAUGCUUCAGCUCAGACUGGGGAGUGCUUCAUGUGGUUUGGGAAACAUGACUGUUACCAGCACACAUCACUAAGUGUACUAGCCAAUAGCAACCUUUAACUUAUGGAGAUUUUAGCAGUUAAUGUUUGUGACACUGAAUAUGGUGCUAUUUGGGCAUGUUUUUGACCAGCAGAUGGCAGUUUAUUUCAUUUUGAUUAUUUAAACCACUGAUCUUGCAAGGCAAAACAUAAAUCUGAUCAAGGUA